GUAAGUACUUCCGGUUCGGUCGAGGAGCGAGGAGACUGCAGUUUAGAGCUUUGAGAUGCACCCAUAGAAGCAGACAGACAGGCCAGCAUCUAAAUGAGCGACACAGCAAGAUCAUCCGUCUAUCAGAUGCUCCGAGCCGGCUGGCCGGUGAUGCCCGGUCCUCCUGGACCCUGGGGUGAAGUGGGCAAACCUGGUCCUCCUGGUAUUCAUGGAGAGGCAGGGAGCAGAGGGACACCGGGUCAGAGAGGAGAGAUGGGUUAUCCAGGACCAAAGGGCCUUCCUGGGAACCCAGGGAGGUGGGGCAGGAACGGCAGUCAGGGGGUGGACGGGCGCCCUGGUCCACCAGGACAACCUGGACUGAAGGGCCCCAGAGGUUUUAAAGGUGAUGCAGCUCCUCUAGGGGAGAAAGGGGAUGAGGGAUUCACAGGUGAGCCUGGACCAGGUGGAGACAGGGGGCGAGCCGGGGAUAAGGGCUGUAAAGGUGAACCAGGAGAAGACGGACCUGUUGGAGAUCCUGGUCCUUUGGGUAAAAGAGGCGUUAAAGGGCUUUCUGGACCUCCAGGGUCAAAGGGAGACUCUGGACACGACGGAACAAAAGGUCCUCCAGGGCCUGUGGGUGCACCUGGGGCCACAGGGGGAAUUGGACCAUCAGGAAUGAACGGGUCUGAGGGGGAUCAAGGUCCAACUGGUCCACGAGGUCGGAGAGGCCCUCCUGGACCGUCAGGAUUAAGAGGAGGGAUGGGGUCACCUGGACCUUUGGGAAGUCAGGGCCUAACAGGAAACGACGGCCCUCCUGGUCAGAAGGGGAAUAUGGGUGAAAUAGGGCUGAUGGGAGUAAAAGGAAAUCCUGGCAGAGAUGGCGCUAUGGGGAUGACUGGAAGUCCUGGUCCAAGAGGGUUUCCUGGUGGAGCUGGCUUCAGAGGACUGGAUGGUGACAAAGGAGAGGCUGGACCCAAAGGAGACAAAGGCCCUACAGGUGCUGCGGGGAUCCUCGGCCAUCAGGGAGAGAGGGGGGAUCGUGGCAUCACGGGUCUACCAGGGGUCAGAGGUCCAUUUGGGCUCAGAGGAAAAGAGGGUGAAGAUGGAGAGGUUGGUCUUCAGGGAGCAGUUGGGAAACAAGGGUCAAAGGGGGACAGAGGCAUUCAGGGACCAAAUGGGAACUCAGGACUCAAAGGACGGAGGGGUCACACUGGAGUCCCCGGCCUGUUUGGUCCUCCUAGUCUGCCAGGCUUUAAAGGCAGAGUUGGGACUGAGGGAGCAGAAGGAAAGCCUGGUACACAGGGCGUUCCUGGUUCCGUUGGUUUCCCUGGGCCUAAAGGAGACAGAGGGUUUCCAGGUGUGGCUGGUGAUGCAGGGAAGGCUGGUUCUCCUGGAGCUCCAGGUCCUCGAGGACAGCCAGGCAAAGACGGGAUCCCUGGACCAGCUGGAGAGAGGGGCUUCACAGGGACACCAGGGUUGUUUGGCCCUCAGGGACCGGUGGGCAUGUAUGGUUACCCAGGAGCUUUGGGUCUGACUGGGAGACCAGGCCACAUGGGACAAAGGGGAGACGCUGGUGUCAGAGGCCUACCUGGUGUCUUGGGGAAGCGAGGACCUCCAGGUCUGCAAGGUCCUCCUGGUGAUAGAGGACCUCCAGGUCCACAGGGCCGUCAGGGAGAGUUUGGAUCUAAAGGCGCUCAGGGACUUCCAGGUCCUUCAGGUAAACCAGGACCAGGAGGAGGCAUUGGGAGUCCUGGUCCCCCAGGGAGCCAGGGGCCUCCAGGGCCACUGGGACUAGCUGGACCCAGAGGGUUUCCAGGAACAGUGGGGAAACCUGGACUGACGGGUCAGGCUGGAGAGAGAGGAGAGCAGGGAGCACUGGGUCCUGCUGGAGAUGCUGGUCCUGCAGGUCUGGGCGGACAGCAGGGUCCUCCAGGUCCAGCUGGUGAAGAAGGGACUCCUGGGACAAAAGGUGACCAGGGCACUCCAGGUCCGCAGGGACAAUUGGGACGCACAGGACCAAAGGGAGAGCCAGGACCUCAGGGCUCCCUGGGGCUGCAGGGUGAGCCUGGGCAGAGGGGCAAAGAGGGAGAAGGUGGAGAGCCUGGUGUACCUGGGGGUUCAGGUGCUAAAGGAGCAAAGGGCGUUUUGGGAACUCGAGGUCAGUCCGGAUCAGAGGGACCGCCGGGAAUUCCAGGCAAACAAGCACCAAGAGGGUCAAAAGGAGAAAAGGGUUACACAGGCUCUGUGGGUCAGACAGGCCUGAGGGGAAACGUUGGACCGUCAGGGUUAUUAGGACUACGGGGGUUUCCAGGUAUUUUUGGGACUCCAGGACCUGAUGGACCACCAGGACAGAAGGGAGACAAAGGUCCAGCAGGUCUGAGUGGGGAAUCUGGCGCUCCAGGACCUAAGGGGCCCACAGGAAGCCAAGGAGUGAAAGGGGACACAGGAAAGCCUGGACCGAUGGGGUCUGCAGGGGGCCGAGGUAAACAAGGUGAUCCUGGACCAAAGGGCUUUCCUGGACCUGAGGGGCUGAGAGGAGAGACUGGGCAGGAGGGGGACUCAGGAGAGACAGGUCCUGAUGGUCUGCCAGGAAACACAGGACCUCCAGGACUACUAGGACCAGAGGGUGUCAUGGGUGAGACAGGACUUCAGGGUACUGUUGGCUCUCCAGGAUCCCAGGGACCUAAAGGCAGCCCCGGGCCCGACGGCAGGGAAGGAAUAAAGGGUCAAAAGGGGGAAGAAGGAAAAAGUGGACGUCCAGGGAAGGAUGGAAGAACUGGGAAGAGGGGUAAAAGAGGCAAAGCUGGAAGCAGAGGGAUUCGAGGAAGACAUGGUGAAAAGGGGAAGAUGGGAGAUUUGGGUGCAUUUGGUCCUCCUGGGAGACACGGCUUUUACGGCGAAGCUGGUCUUCGUGGGGAAAAGGGUGAAACGGGUAGCCCAGGCUCAAAGGGAGAACCAGGUGUGAUAGGACCACUCGGCCCUCCUGGUGGAGAAGGCUUAAAGGGAUUACAAGGAUUGACUGGCGACUCAGGAAGAGCUGGUCUAAAGGGAGAACAGGGGGAUAUCGGUCCACCAGGUAGACAAGGUGAUCCAGGCCUUCCUGGGCUGCCUGGAUUGUUUGGACACAAGGGCCUGAAAGGAUUUGCUGGACUAUCAGGCGUUAUAGGACAGAGAGGUUUGCCUGGUCCACCUGGCCCACCAGGACCUCCAGGAACCUCCCUGAACCUCACCAUGACUCAGAUGAGGGAGCUCAUGUACAUGUCAGACAAGCCUAACUACCUCCUGGUCCAGACUCUGUUGGACUCCCUCCAGAGAGAUCUGCGCUGGUUCAUAGACCCUCCAGACGGCAGCAAACUGCACCCAGCUGCUACGUGUAUGGAGCUGUGGCUGGCUCACCCUAACUCCACCAACGGAAUGUACUUCAUCGAUCCAAACCAGGGUAGCCCCGCUGAUGCUUUCCAAGUCUUCUGUGACUUCACAGCUGAGCCGAAGACGUGUCUGUCUCCCAUCCAGCCUCAGGUUCCAGUGAAAGCAUGGCUGAAGGACUCUGGCACCAACAUGUCAUUUCACUGGCUGAGCAGAGCUGCAGACGGCUUCCAGUUUGAGUACCCCGGAGGAUCAGAUGUGGUGCAGAUGAGGUUUCUGCGUUUGAACAGCCGGCUCUCCACUCAGACCAUCACUUACUCCUGUCAGCCAGGAAGUAGACAGAGCCGCACAGAGAGGGAGGUCAAGUUCCUGGCUGACACACGGAGGCAGAGUUACCUGGGGGCGCUGCAGGACUGUGAGAAGUCAGAGCCGCUGCAGUCUGGAGCUCAGGAAACAGUUUUUCAGUUUGAGAGUGAAGACCUCGACCUGCUGCCUCUCAGGGACCUGGCAGUGUUUGGAAACAACAACCUAACGCAGGAGUUUGGUUUCACCAUUGGACCAGCAUGCUUCAGCUAGGAGCGCCUCCUGUCUGUAGCUGGGAGGAUUGCAUCGGUGUGGUCAUCUGCAGCUUCUGGCACUUUUGCACUGUCUUCUAUAGCACAACGUCGUUUUUGAGCUACCACGUUUGUUUUUUUCCAAGAGUGCUGACCAGAUUAUCUUUGAGCAAGUUAUUGUUCAAGACAGACCAAGCAACAAAAAGGAAGAAAAAAGACGCACAAUAAGCUGAAGGUCGUCCAGAAGAAAGACUCUCUCCUCCUGAACUUUUCCUUCUCACAGACCGACUGUAAGCUCACCCUCUUCAUAGACCAGGGACAUUUUUAACCUGAAGUUCUGGACAAUCAGCGUUUUUUUUGUACAUUUUGUUUUUUGUGUUUUUGAAACCUGCUUAUUUAUAUAAAUGUUCAGCAUUUAUUAA